AGAAAACAUGGAAUAACGGAACCGUGGGCUAGCAGUUUGCGACAAUAUGGAGAACUCCAAAUGGGGUGCUGAAAGGGGCUGGAAAAGGAUAUCAGUGAAGAGAGAAAUUCCUGGAGAAUCAUUUGACAACGAAUAUGAGAUGCAGGAGACUUGGGAACCCUCGGUUAAGCAGGUGAAGCAGGAGCAGCCAGUUAUGGACACAGAAAUUGGCAACACACAUGAAGGACAGUUUGCGCCAAACACAGCAUCGAAGCAUGAGGCAGAGGAAUGGAGCCGGGACUCGGACAGUGGGAUUGUCGAGGAGUGCCCGUCUGAGUUUAUUUCGAGCGAACUGCUGAAAGAAGAAGAGUCGGAGUUGGAGUCAGACAGCGGCAUUUCAGACGAGUCUGCAGCACAGGCCAGCACCCAACUGGGUCACGUUCAGAGCCCCCACGAGACAUUCAUCGAGGAAGAAAUUAUGUGGAAGUUCAGCGAGGAUUCUUACGGCACCUGCGAUCCACUGUCCACCGAAGAGGAACGGCAGCCCGAGAUGCCACUCGAAGUCGGCAUCAAGGAGGAGGAGCCAGACAGUGCGGAUGAAGCUGAAAGAGGACGCCAGUUCGAAGACUUGCUGACGAAGAGGGGGAAGUUGCCACCACCUUACUGGGGGCCGCGCGUCCUCAGUGUCCGGGCCCCGGAAGACUCGCCCGUGGGGGAUCGACUUCCGAGCGGACACACAGAUCUGUGUGCUGCGGGCCCACCUCUGAACAACUACGUGGCCCCGUGCCCUGCGGACCCACCUCCGGAAGGCUAUGCGGCUCCACCGCCACCCCCCGACUACUGGGAUGCCAGGCCGCACAGACUGCCCAAGACGUACCACUGCCCCUUGUGCGUACGGUGGUUCACCAGCGUGCCGCACCUCAGGCGCCACUACAACACAGCCCUCCACAAGCGCCUCGCCGUGGAGAAAGGGCAGCCUGCUGUGCCCUACUGCAGUGAGUAUCUGCCGGGCACACUGUUGGGAGUGUGA